AUGGAUACCAUGGAGUUACCAACGCAUUACAAUGACUGGCCGACCGACAAGGGCUACGAUCCCGAAUACGAGCAGCGCGAGCCCGUUGAAUUGCCAGUGACAGGGAAGAUACCUGCCUACGCUGCCGGUAUCGUAUACCGCACAGGUCCAGGGAAGAGCCAGGUCAAGGCUGACAAUGGAGAAAUCCUUCGACUCUCACACUGGUUUGACGGCUUCAGUCAGACGCAUCGAUUCGAGAUCCUCGCUCCGGAUGACACCCAUCCAUCCCCACGAGUGUUUUACAACUCGCGAUUUUCGACCGAUGAUUUGAUUCAAAGUGCCAUCAAAACAGGGACCUUGGAUGGCGUCGGUUUUGGGCAAAAGCGAGAUCCCUGCAAGAGCAUCUUGGGCAAGACCCAGAGCGAAUAUGUCCCCAAACCCACUCCCUCGAGCAAGAAUAUCGGCGUCACACUGUCGAUCAACUUUCCAGGUUUGGACAAGGGUCAAAAGGACUCUGUUGAAUCCACCUCCCGCUGGAAUAACUCACAGGGUGUGCGAACUCUCUAUGCGAAGACCGACUACAAUGCCCUCAAGAAGAUCGACCCGGUGACACUAGAGCCUAUCGGUCUUGCCUCGCAGGCAGAUCUACACCCAGAAUUGUCAGGCCAAUUGUCUGCAUCUCACUCGCGAUCUGAUCCCAUCACGGGUGAUAUGUUCAACUUCAACCUCACGCUAGGACCAACCUGUACAUAUCGCGUUUUCCGAGUCUCAGCGGCAACUGGAGAGACGACAAUCUUAGCGGCAUUUUCGGCCACACCUGCCUAUCUCCAUUCGUUGCUUAUUACACAGGAUCAUGUCAUCCUCUGCGUCUGGAAUGCUCAUGUGAAUCCACUGGGCAUGACUGGAUCUUUCUUGGACGCAAUUUUACCCACAGACCCCAGCCAACCGGCUGUCUGGUAUGUGAUUGACCGCAAAGGUGACCAGGGCCUGAUCGCAACAUAUGAAAGUCCCGCGUUUUUCUGCUUCCAUACCAUCAAUGCCUGGCUCGAGCCUUCCGAGAACGGUUCUCAGAUGGACAUUGUUGCAGACGUUGUGAGGUCUGACAACUGCGAUCUGAUCAAAACCCUCUACUAUGAGAAUUUGAUAUCCUCGCUAGAUACAGCCAAGGAGUUUCAAAAGAACAGAGACGACUCUCUUCGUACGUCGAUCACCCGCUUCCGUCUGCCUUGUGUGCCACAGACCCCAUGUGGAAAUGUGAAGAAAGCAACCGUCGAAUGGUCUGCGUGCAACUCGCUGUCGCCGGAGCUGCCGACCCUGAAUCCAAACAAGGGCACUAGCAAACAUCGAUAUGUUUAUGCUGUAACUUUCCGCGGCGAGUCAACUCUCACAGACGGCAUAAUGAAGUUCGAUUGUGAUACUCAGGAAGUUCGUCUCUGGGCUUUCCAUGGUCACUCGCCCGGUGAAGCCAUUUUCGUCGCUGAUCCCGAGGGCUCUAACGAGGACGACGGUGUCCUUUUGAGUGUAGUGCUCGAUGGGAUUUGUGGAAAGAGUUAUCUCCUUUGUCUCGAUGCCCGAGAUUUGUCUGAGCUUGGCCGGGCAAACGUUGACGGCGUCGUUGGGUUCGGAUUCCAUGGCCAGCAUGUUCCAGCUGAUGGAGGCAUCCCAACUGGCGACUAUUAG